CUAGAACCGAGCAAACCCUUUUUUUGAGCAGGUACAAUAUGGCUGUUAAGCAAAACGAAAAGGUGUUUACGCCGAGAGAUGUGGAAAAUCUCAUUGCAAAAGGCCACGCUAUUGUGAUUUACGAUCAUUACGUGUUAAAGCUAGACCACUGGAUUGAAUACCAUCCUGGUGGAAACAAAGCUAUCUAUCAUUUUGUGGGGCGGGAUGCCACCGACGAAAUGAAUGCUUAUCACUGCGAUGAAACUUGUAAGCUGUUUACGAGGUAUAAAAUUGGAGUUAUUGAGGAACCAUGGGAAAACAUGAUACCCCCUAUUCAAGGUGGGCACUUCAGAAAGCUGGAUCAUAACGACGAAGAUAAGAGCCUCGGAAAGGGAGAUAAAACCUCAAAGGGCAAGAAGUUAUGCGGUGAGGUCGAUGCAAAAAUUGAACCGAAGAUACCCCAAGGGGUGAUUCUUUUGGAGGGCAUGGAAGAAUACUACCCCACUAAGAGAGAUGGCCCAAUCAGAGACCCAAGAACUAUAAUCGAUAACUACGAUAACGAUCUUGUUAAAAGAGAUUUGAACGAUAUUCCCCCACUGGACUAUAAAACACAGAGAGGCUUAUCUCGGAAGUAUAAUGAGCUACACCAACAGAUCAUAAAUGCUAAUCUCUAUGAGUGUCCAUACUACGAAUAUUUCCUCCAAUUCUGCAUUAAUCUCUCUUUGGGUCUUUAUACAAUGAUUUUUUUCAAAACUAAACACUAUUUCAUGAGUGCUGUCUUUUUAGGGUUUUUCUGGCAGCAGUUGGUGUUCAUUGCACAUGAUUCAGCCCACAUUUCGAUAACCCACAACUAUCAAAUAGACAACAUCAUCGGUAUCAUAAUCGCCGAUUGGAUAGGUGGAUUAUCUAUUGGGUGGUGGAAACGGAAUCAUAAUGUUCAUCACUUGAUCACGAAUGACCCUGUGCACGAUCCAGAUAUCCAACACUUGCCAUUUUUCUGUGUCAGCUCAAGAUUAUUUGGAAAUGUCUUUUCCACUUAUUAUGAGAAAUAUCUUUGGUUUGAUGUCUUUGCACGGAAACUUAUUCCAAUACAACAUUUGAUGUACUACCCUAUCCUAUGUUUUGGUCGUUUCAACUUAUACAGACUAUCAUGGGAAUACUUACUCAAAGGACAGGGUCCCCGCCACGGUAAAGCAGCAUGGUUUCGUUACUUCGAAUUGGUAGGACUUUCAUUUUUUACAUAUUGGUUUUUUUACCUUGUGGUUGGCAGCUUACCAACUAAAUGGGACAAAUUUCAAUAUAUCAUGGUGUCCCACAUUACUACGAUGAUUGUUCAUGUCCAAAUCACUUUAAGCCACUUUGCAAUGUCCACUUCAGAUUUAGGUGCCAGCGAAAGUUUUGUUUCAAGACAAUUAAGAACAACCAUGGAUGUCUCUUGUCCAGACUGGUUUGAUUUUUUCCAUGGUGGUCUCCAAUACCAAGCUAUCCAUCAUUUAUUCCCCAGGUUACCAAGACACAAUUUCCGUAAAGCACAAGCAUACGUUAUUGAUUUUUGUCGGGAGACCGGACUUAAAUACUCAAUAUACGGGUUUGUUGAUGGAAACGGCGUUGUGUUAAACAAACUACAGGACAUUGCACAACAAGUGGUAAUUAUGAAAGAAUGCAUUGUAGAGAGUGCAAAACACGCGUAAACAUUGUUUCGGACAAAAAAAAAGAUUUUGGUUUUGUCUACAGGUGUCAUGUAUAUAUAUACUACUUCUUUUAAAAAUAUAGAAAAUAACAUGCAAGUUAUUGUAACGGAUUCAUGUCCAUCACUACGUCAUAGUUUUGUCAUUUUGUGAGCUUUCGUUAAAACAUCAGCUGGUCCUUAAUAAGAAUUGAAGGAAUCGACAUAUUUGGCUUAGAACGAAACUUAUCGCUGGGUGAUGGAAAAAUCGUCAAGUGGACGAGCAU